AUGUUUCGACCAUCGCCGUGGCUCCCGCGCGCCGCCGCCAGGAGCCUGCGCCUCGGGCUGCGCAGCAGCGCCGUCCACGCCCGGAGGAGCCUGCACCGCGUUCCCACCCUGCCCCAUGACUACUCGCAGGGCGGCGUGCCCAACCUGAUGAGCCCGGGCGGCUUCGCCCUCGCCUGGUCGGAUUACAUGUCCCUGAUGGUGGAAAAGCUCAAUGCGCUGACCGACGGCACCGAACUCGAGGACAAGGACGCCAAAACCAUCUGCCUGCUCACGGCCCGCGAGCCCAACCUGGCGCCCGUCUUCAACUACGCCUCCAUGGCCCACAACAACCACUUCUUCUUCAAGGGCAUCUCGCCCACCGGCACCCCCAUGCCUUCCGCCCUCCAGGCCGAGCUCGCCGCCUGCUUCUCCUCCAUCGACACCCUCCGCCGCGAGAUGAUCGUCACCGCCUCCUCCAUGUUCGGCCCCGGCUUCGUCUGGCUCGUCAAGGCCGGCCAGGGCGACUUCCGCAUCCUCCCCACCUACCUGGCCGGCUCGCCCUACCCCGGCGCCCACUGGCGCGCCCAGUCCACCGACAUGAACGCCCUGGGCCACGACGGCUCCGCCAAGGGCUACUUCAAGAACCUGGUCCACGGCGGCAGGAAGCGCGGCCCCGACCUGCCCCCGGGCGGCAUCGAGCUGGAGCCCUUGCUCUGCCUCAACACCUGGGAGCACGCGUGGCUGCUGGACUGGGGGGUCGGCGCCGGCGGCCGCGGCGGCAAGACUGCCUUUGCCGAGGCCUGGUGGGAGCUCAUUGACUGGGAGGCCGUGGCUGACAAGGCGGGCUCCAUCCGUCCCGAGUUCAAGUCGGCCAACUGA